CGAAGCGGGGCGGCACCGGUCCAGGCCUAGCUUGCAGUGGCAUCAGGACUAUGUCGUGGGCGCGGAGCCACCUGCGCUCGGCUCUGUCCCUGGCAGCUGUUUCAGCGCGUGGUGCAACAACCGAGGGCGCAGCGCGGCGGUGGUUGAGCGCGUGGCCCGCGCCGCAGGAGCCCGGCAUGGAGUAUCAGGAUGCCGUUCGCAUGCUCAACACCCUGCAGACCAAUGCCAACUACCUGGAGCAGGUAAAGCGCCAACGGAGUGACCCUCAGGCACAGCUGGAAGCCAUGGAGGUGUACUUGACACGGAGUGGGCUGCAGGUGGAGGACUUGAACAAGUUAAACAUUAUCCAUGUCACUGGGACCAAAGGAAAGGGUUCCACCUGCGCCUUCACUGAACGCAUCCUGAGGAAUUAUGGCCUGAAGACAGGCUUCUUUAGCUCUCCCCACCUGGUGCAGGUGCGUGAACGGAUUCGCAUCGAUGGGAAACCCAUCAGUCCUGAGCUCUUUACCAAGCACUUCUGGCGCCUCUACCACCAGCUGGAGGAGUUCAAGGAUGACAGCCACAUUUCCAUGCCUGCUUACUUCCGCUUCCUUACACUCAUGGCCUUCCAUGUCUUCCUCCAAGAAAAGGUGGACCUGGCAGUGGUGGAAGUGGGCAUUGGCGGGGCUUAUGACUGCACCAACAUCAUCAGAAAGCCAGUGGUGUGUGGAGUGUCAUCUCUUGGCAUGGACCACACCAGCCUGCUAGGAGACACAGUGGAGAAAAUAGCAUGGCAGAAAGGGGGCAUCUUCAAGCCUGGUGUCCCUGCCUUCACUGUGCUACAGCCAGAAGGUCCCCUGGCCGUGCUGAGGGAUCGAGCCCAGCAGACCUCAUGUCCUCUGUACCUGUGUCCACCAUUAGAAGCCCUGGAGGAGGGUGGGCUGCCGCUGACCCUGGGCCUGGAGGGAGAGCACCAGCGAUCCAAUGCAGCCUUAGCCUUGCAGCUGGCCCAUUGUUGGCUGGAGCAACAGGACCACCAGGACAUCCGGGAGCUGAAGGUGUCCAGGCCAAGCAUGCAGUGGCAGCUGCCUCUGGCACCUGUGUUCCAUCCCACUUCCCACAUGAGACAUGGGCUUCGGGACACGGAGUGGCCUGGCCGGACACAGGUAUUGCAGCGGGGACCUCUCACCUGGUACCUGGAUGGUGCACACACUACCAGCAGUGUGCAGGCCUGCGUGCGCUGGUAUUGCCAGUCGUUGCAGCGCAGCAAACUCCCUAGUGGUGGGCCUGAAGUACAUGUCUUGCUCUUCAACUCUACGGGUGACAGGGACUCUGCUGCCCUGCUGAAGUUGCUGCAGCCCUGCCAGUUCGACUAUGCCGUCUUUUGCCCCAACGUGACGGAGGUUUCAUCCACAGAAAACGCAGACCAGCAGAACUUCACAGUGACUCUGGAUCAGGUGCUGCUCCGCUGCCUCCAACACCAGCAACAUUGGAGCUGCCUGAGUGAGAGACAAGCCAGUCCUGACCUCCUGUGCAGCCCCAGCCCAGAGCCUGGCAGGCCAGGCUCCCUGCCGCUGGCACUGCACCCGCCUCACUCUACUAGCACCAACUCCCUUGUUUUUAGUUGCAUCUCCCAUGCCUUGCAGUGGAUCAGCCAAGGCCGGGAUCCCAUCUUUCAGCUCCCAAGCCCUCCAAGGAGCCUACUCAGCCACCCCACGGCCAGCAACGGGGCAAGCAUUCUCCGGGAAGCUGCUGCCAUCCAUGUACUGGUUACAGGAAGCCUGCAUCUGGUGGGCGGAGUCCUAAAGCUGCUGGAACCCUCCCUGUCCCAGUAGCCAAGGCGUAGGGUCAGAGGUGGGAUCUUCCCACACCUUCUUGCCUCUCCAUAGACUUUUAUACUCAGUGCCUUUUGAUUUCUGCUUCCAGAUUCUUUCUGAGACUGGCCCAGGGCCCUAGGCUCUUGGUAGACUGUAGGGAUGUGAGAGGCACUGCACCUCGGCCUCUCCGUUCUCUGUCAUAGAUAAUAGGGUCUUCCCAGAGUCCUCACCAUUGUAGGCUUUUAGCCCAACCAUCUCCCUGCCCACCCUGCUGCCUUCUGGCUCAGGCCUAUCUUAUGUGCAAGCUGCCUGAGCAGCCUAUGGACCUGACUGAGACUAGGCCAGAGACUUCCUCCUCCCUCCUGGUGCCUUCUAGGAAGAGAAAGGGCCCUUGCCUGGGCAUUGGGGGACUGUGGGUUGCUAGAACUAAUUGAAGCUUCUAAACCCUUUUUUAUUUUUUUGUAAAUAAAUGACAAACUUUUGAUUGAUUCCUAA